AUGCCUCUUUAUGACUGUAUGCUGUUGUUGAAACCCCAUGUGAAGCAGGAGGCUUUGAUGGACUUGGUGGCUCGAGUAGGAAAACAUGUCUACAUGAAAAAAGGAGUGCUCACAGAUAUGAAGUCUUUCGGAAAAGUUCAGUUGGGGUAUGGUAUUAAGAAGCUGGAUGGAAAAUAUUAUCAGGGCCAAUUGAUGCAGAUGACAAUGAUGACACCACCCAAUUUCAACAAAGAGCUGCAUUACCUCAACAAGGAAGACCGAUUGCUGCGCUGGCUUUUGGUUAAACACCGAGACAUCAAGUAUGGGUUAGAGUUUUUUGGUGAAGACGAUGGAAAAGGUGAGCUGAGCAAGUUUCGAAGCAACUUGUAUGAAGAUGAGGAUGUUGAUGAGGAUGAUGACGAUGACGAUGAAUAUGACGUCAACCAUGAGGAGAGGAAAGAAGACUGA